AUGACGCAAGGAUCCGCUGCCGGCUCCCUCUGUGCAGUUGCUGGCUGUGGCCCCGCCUCCACCCAGCUGCCGCAACCCCGUGGGCCCGCCCCCACCCGUCUGCUGCGGCACCAUGGGCCCGCCCCCACCCAGCUGCCGCAGCCCUGCAGGCCCGCCUCCACCCGGCAGACGUGGUACCGUGGCCCCGUGGGCCCGCCUUCACCCGGCUGCUGCGGCACCGCAACCCCAUGGGCCCACCCCCACCCAGCUGCCGCUGCCCGGCGGGCUCGCCCCCACCUGGCUGCCAUGGCCCUGUGGGCCCGCUCCUACCCAGCUGGCGCGGCCCCGCGUGCCCGCCUCCACCCGGCUGCCAUGGCACCACUGGCCCCGUGGGCUCGCCCCCACCUGGCUGCCAUGGCCCUGUGGGCCCGCUCCUACCCAGCUGGCGUGGCCCCGCGUGCCCGCCUCCACCCGGCUGCCAUGGCACCACUGGCCCCGCGGGCCUACCUUCACCUGGCUGCCGCGGCACUGCGGCCUCACGGGCCCACCUCCACCCGGCAGACGCGGCCCCGCAGGCCCAUCUCCACCCGGUAG